AUGGAGACGGAGUUAAAAAAUAACCAAUAUUUAUUUGCUAUUAGUGAAAAAAUACCUUAUUACCUUUACAAAAAACAUAGAUUAUUAACUUUCAAAGGGUGGCCUUAUAAAAAAAAAUCUAAAUGUAAUGCUGAAAAAAUGGCUUCUUCUGGAUUUGUUUAUGCACCAAAUAAAGAAUGCAAUGAUGUUGCAAUUUGUAUAAUAUGUUGGAAAGAACUUGAAGGUUGGGACUCUGAUGAUAAUCCUAUAGAUGAACACCGAAAACAUUCACCUUCUUGCAUUUUAUUUAACUAUUCCUUGGAUCUUGACAUAAAUUCAAAACACACACUCAAUACAAUAUCCACACUAUUGACCCAUUCAUUCAAUAACUUUAUGGAAAAAUUUUUCGAAAACUUUGAAAAAGGAUGGGAGAAGAAGAGGGAUGAAAUACUCAAAACACUAAAUCGAUAUUAUAAAAAAUAACUAUUGUAAAUUUUUUUUUUAAAA